GCUGUAUCUCCUACAGUACAUCCAAGACUCUAGCUUGAGACGUUCCGUGAUUCUUGUGGGUCGGUGCUAUAAGCACAUCGUACUUUGUUCUUCCUUGACUUGCAGCUCACUGGAUUUGAGCCUCUCUCACUACUCGUCAUGGCGUCCUUCCUUCUCUACCUCUCUGCAACUGUGCUGUUGGCUCAGUCAACAGUUGCAUCAAACUGCACCAAGAAGCCUAUAUAUGUCGAUAUACACAAGCGAGCCGUUCAUGACUCUCCAGUCUUCCAGUAUGGAUCGUUCAUCGGGCUCGGAACACCGGCACAGAACAACAGUCUAUGGCCAUCAUUACAGCAGAACCAUACCUCCUUUGCAUCGAGCGGCUACUGCAAAGAUAAUGCGACACUAAAAAACUGCGAUAGAAGCACAGGCGGCUUCUUCAACUUUCGAGAUUCGACAACAUUUGAGGAACAGGAGAACUUUCAGACACUAGACAAGUCCCAGGACGAACUCUCGGGAUUCUUUGGUCAAGAGACCCUUCGACUGUACACACACUACUUUGAGACGGACGGCGCAACACAAACACUUGUACCAAACUCAACUGUCGAGGUUGCAGAGUCAGGAUCAAUAACUCCAGGGAGAGUUGGCGUCGGCGCUUCGUCAACAUUACUGCGGGACCUCGUGGUACAGGAUAUGAUUGCUGGAUCAACAUACUCACUCUAUAUUGGUCACGGAUUUGAUCGCGCUGGAGGUGUAGUCAAUGGCAGCAAUGUUUUUGGAGGAUACGACUCUGGGCGCUUCACAGGCGAGCCACACAAGUACACAAUGAACGUGGCCAACCCCAACCCAAUGAGUGUCCGUGUCAAGGAUGUCAUCAUCACUGGAGCGGCUGACAACUCAAACACGUCGCUUUUUGACAAUACAGUGUUCACCGACAUGAAGUCGCGCCCCGAGAACUUUGAGGCCCAGAUUACAACGGAGCAGUUUCCAUUCUCUCUACCUUACCAGAUCACACAAAACUUCAUCAAGCACCUCCGAGCCGAAAAAGACAACAGAUGGGACGACAACUCACUGAGGCUAAAAGAUAGCUUCAGCGGUACCCUUACGAUUGUCCUCGACGACGGCUUCACCGUCACCCUACCCCCAGAAGUCCUCAUGAACGCAUCAAACAUAACCCCAAUCCAAGACCGCGACGAAGACGCAAAAACCCCCUUCUACCUCGGCACCGCCUUCCUCGGCCAAGUCUACCUCAUGGCCGACUACGAAUCUAACCACUUCUACCUCGCCGAAGCCAUCCAAAAGAACAACAUGGUCAUGCCCGUAACCUUUUGCCCCAAAUCCGUCCCCGUCGCCUACCAGCGCCCCAAGCAAUCCGAAUGGCAGCGCCAAGGUCUCAUCGGCGCAGUCAUCGGCGGCGUAAUCGGCGGUCUCGGUAUCCUCGCUGCGAGCUACUGUCUCUGGGUCACUUGGAUGCGCAAGAAGGACGAGCGCAAGCUGAAAAGGGAGUUGCAGCGGAACUCGCAGCGGAAACUUGAGCAGAUGGAAAUUGAGGAGGCGGCACCCAAGUUCGACCCCCCACCCAAGAGCGUGAAUGCGGCAAAGGCGAUGUUCUGGCGGAAGAAUAAGCCGGGGACUACGUUUUGAUUUCGAAACAGUCCGAUAACUUGUAGUAGUUUUUUUUCCGUAACUUUCGUUGUUAUACCCCGGGGUCACCGAUUACAUCUGAUACCAACUUUUAUUUCUCUUCUUCUUCUCACUACAUAGCCUACAUAGCACUUAAACCUUUUCCACCUCCCUUUCAAUCCAACCCAUUUACCUUUUUUUCUUUUCCCCCCCUCCAAUCUCAACAUCUCCUUCCUUCCUUCCCAAUCCGGCAUUCCCAAUGGAUUCCUGCCACCUCCACUCGCCCUACCACGCACAGACCCCCUUCUAUCGCAAUCGCACGACGUUCCCGAACAGAACCAUAUUCACCCCCCGCAUUAGGCAAUUUCGCAAGGAAACCGUGGAUUAUGGCACUUGAAUCAUAUUUCUUUUUUUUUU